AUGCGAUCCUGGAAUCUGGCUCUCCUGCCAAUUGUGGCAGGCCGCUGGCUGAAGCCCCAGUCCACCAGCGCCGACAGCUAUGAUUAUAUCAUCGUUGGUGGAGGAACUUCUGGUCUUGUCGUUGCGAAGCGACUGAGUGAAGACCCAGCAACUUCCGUCCUUGUUAUCGAGGCCGGAGGGUCGGUUAAGGACAACGUCAAUGUGACGAACCCUCUAGGUUACAGUCUCGCAUUCGGAACGGAGAUCGACUGGCAAUUCGAAACAAUCGAGCAGAAGUUUACUGGUGGCUCUAAGCAGACGCUUCGUGCCGGUAAAGCUUUGGGAGGCACUAGUACUAUCAACGGCAUGGCGUUUACCCGAGCCGAAUCAACCCAAAUUGAUGCCUGGGAGAUUCUUGGCAACGAAGGCUGGAACUGGGAGAACCUGCUGCCCUACUACCUGAAGAGCGAGCACUUCCAGGUUCCCGCUGAUUCCCGUGCAGCUGCCGGACAUCUGACUUUCGCCCCCGAGUUCCACGGCCUCGAGGGCCCGCUAAAAACAGGCUGGAUGUACCCGAUGACCAACGGGACAGUUAACUCGAUGGUAAACGAUACCAUGAAGGCCAUGGAUGUCGCCUGGAAUGCAGACGUCAACUCUGGCGUCAUGGCCGGAUUCACAAUCUUCCCAGCCACCAUCGAUCAAGACCUGAACAUUCGCGAAGACGCCGCCAGAGCCUACUACUACCCCUUCCAGGAAAGCCAGUCUAACCUCCAUGUGUUGCUCAACACCCACGCCACCCGCGUCAUCUGGGCCAAGUCGGCUUCGCUUCCGACUGCUGAGGGUGUCGAAAUCAUCUCUGCGAACGGCACCAAGUCUCUGGUCAAAGCCAAAAAGGAAGUCAUUCUUUCAGCCGGCGCUUUAGUUUCCCCCCUACUCCUUGAGCUGUCCGGAGUUGGGAACCCUGAAGUCCUCGCGAAGCACGGCAUCGAGACGGUAGUGAACCUGCCUACUGUUGGCGAGAAUCUCCAGGAUCAGAUGAACAACGCCCUCCAAUACAACAUCGCCAACAGCUACGAUGCCACCGAGAAGAACACCAUGGUAGUGUACCCAACCGCCGCCGAAAUCUUUGGCGAAGACACGGCCGAGAUCGCUGCCAAACUCAAGGCCGCUCUGCCCGCGUACGCUGUGCAGGUUGCCUCGGCAAGCGGCAACGCCACUUCGGCCGAUGAUCUUCUCCAAUUCUUCCAGCUCCAGUACGACCUCAUUUUCAACUCGGACGGCAAGCCAACGCAGAUUCCCCUCGCCGAGGUGCUGCUCUACCAACAGAACGGUAUCUGGGACAGCGAGUACUGGGGUCUGCUGCCUUUCGCCCGCGGUAGUGUCCACGUCGGCAGCGCCAACUCGACCGCCAACGCCGUCAUCAAUCCCAACUACUUCAUGCUGGACUGGGAUCUCACCGAACAAGCUGGCGGUGCCGCCUUCAUUCGGCGGAUGUUCAACACAGCGCCUCUUGCAGACGUCGUGGGCUCGGAGAUCCUUCCUGGUCUGGAUGCCGUUCCCCAGGAUGCCUCCUUGGAACAGUGGGGCAGCUACCUCAAGGGCAACUACCGAUCGAAUUUCCACCCAGUCGGCACCGCGGCGAUGAUGCCAAAGGAGAAGGGUGGCGUGGUAGACGUCGAGAUGAAGGUCUAUGGAACUGCUAACCUGCGCGUCAUGGACGCGUCUGUCUUGCCUUUCCAAGUCUGUGGGCAUUUGACAUCUACCCUCUAUGCCGUUGCGGAGAGGCUCUCUGACAUCAUUAAACGGGGGAGUGCCUGAUCUCCCCCCCACGGCCAGGGGCGGCAGGCUUGAAGUGGGCUAUGGGGUGGUGUGACCCGCCGGCCAUCAGCCCAAGAUCGUCAUGUCUGCUUGCGUUACCGUUACGUUAUUUCUGUCAAUGGGAGCUACUAAUUUGGUAUCCGGAUCAAUGUUUCCUGUACUUGUAGAAUCAUCCGGAAAUUAACAUGAC